AUGUCUGCAACAGACGAUAUACUAGAACAAUUAAAAAUUGAACAUGAACGAAAGGAGGCGUUUAAUAACUUAAAACAGAUCCUUUCAAAAAAUCAUCAUGAUAUCAAGAACAACCAGUUGUAUAAUUGUAUCUCUUAUAUUGCAUCACACACAUUCUACUUUUCUGAAGAUGAAUACGAAGAAAUCGCAAAACUCGCACUGUCUAGUAAUGUAAUUACUAAAAAGCAGAAAGCGAACAUACGAUCUUGGAUAGGAAAUCGGAAAGGUCUCAUCGGGGAAAGAGGGAAUGAAGGUGGAUUCUUUGUUUCCUAUGAUGGGCCAGACGAUAUGGAUCGAUAUUUAGGACAUGGAGAUUUUGAUAUCGAUGAUGGAUAUUAUGUUUAUGAUUAA